CUGACAAACAAUAACAAGAGCAGCGAGCGGCGGCGGCGGCGGCUUCCGUGUCUGUAAUCGCGCUGAUAUCGAGCCUGUGAGGCGUCUCGACUCUGACAUUGCCGGUGAGGAAACUCUGGCCUCCGCUGCCUCCUCCUCCGACUCGGAAACCGGCGGAGCUUCGCCGCCCCCGCGGAAGAAAAGCCGAGGCUCGGCGGCGGAGGGAGCAGGAGAGAGCGGGGCGUCUGCUGCCGGGAUCACGGGCCUCUCUGCGGCGUCUUUCCCAACCCCCCACCAGCACUCGGCCAUCCGUCUCAAUAACAGGUCGCAGUCGCACAGAUCCGCCACUGUAAACGCGUUUUAUAAGAUGCAGGCCAACGGGACAGGAGGACAAGAGCCGGAGCCGGAGCCGCAGCUGCCCUGCAGGAACGGAGAGUCCUCGUCCUCCGCCGCGGAAGCUGUGCACUCCAACGGGCUGCUGUCCUCCGCUAAUAACGGGCUACCGUCCACCGAGAGCCCGGCGUCAGACACCAGCAUGAAGAAGAAGAAACGACUGUCCCAGAGCGACGAGGAUGUGAUCCGGCUCAUAGGACAGCAUCUCCACGGGUUAGGACUCAAUCAAACAGUGGACCUGUUGAUGCAGGAAUCAGACUGUAGACUUGAGCAUCCUGCUGCUACCAAGUUCAGGAAUCAUGUGAUGGAGGGAGAAUGGGAAAAGGCUGAGAGUGACCUCAACGAGCUGAAAGCACUGAUGCAUUCACCCAGCGCUGUGGUGGUAAGUCCAAAGUCACAUCUCCACCAUCCGUUUUAUGAACGUCCUGAUUGCUCCAGCCUUAUUUUAUCAGCGUGUAGCAGUCGAUGGCCUGUUGCUCAUCCUGCUGUCUGUCUGUGCUUCUGCUGUAGGUACCUGAUGUGCAGUCAUACUGAUGACCUGCGUGCUAAAGCUGAAUGGGAAGGGAAAGGGACGGCCGCACGAUCCAAACUCCUCGACAAGCUGCAGACGUACCUGCCUCCGUCUGUGAUGCUGCCGCCCCGUCGUCUGCAGGAGCUCUUGCGUCAGGCCGUGGAGCUGCAGAGAGAUCGCUGUCUCUAUCACAACACCAAACUGGACAGCGGACUGGACAACGUGUCUCUGCUCAUAGACCACGUGUGCAGCAGGAAGCAGUUCCCCUGCUACACCCAGCAGAUCUUGACCGAGCACUGCAAUGAAGUCUGGUUCUGUAAGUUCUCCAACGACGGCACCAAACUGGCCUCGGGAUCCAAAGACACAACAGUCAUUAUUUGGCAGGUUGACCCUGACUCUCACCAGCUCAAGCAGCUGAAGACGUUGGAGGGUCAUGCCUAUGGGGUUUCCUAUCUGGCCUGGAGCCCCGAUGACACGUAUCUGAUAGCGUGCGGCCCGGACGACUGCUCCGAGCUCUGGCUGUGGAACGUGCAGACAGGGGAACUGAGAACCAAAAUGAGCCAGUCCCAUGAGGACAGCUUGACCAGCGUGGCCUGGAAUCCAGACGGCAAGCGUUUCGUUACCGGAGGUCAGAGAGGCCAGUUCUACCAGUGUGAUCUGGACGGAAACCUGCUGGACUCCUGGGAGGGUGUUCGUGUUCAGUGUCUGUGGUGUCUGAAUGACGGCAGGACAGUGCUGGCCUCUGAUACACACCAGCGCAUCCGUGGAUAUAACUUUGAAGAUCUGACCGACAGGAACAUAGUUCAAGAGGACCAUCCGAUAAUGUCCUUUACCGUGUCAAAGAACGGAAGAUUAGCUCUGUUAAAUGUCGCAACUCAGGGAGUUCAUCUGUGGGACCUGCAGGACCGGGUGUUAGUCAGGAAGUACCAGGGCGUGACUCAGGGCUUCUACACCAUCCACUCCUGUUUUGGCGGCUACAACGAAGACUUUAUCGCCAGUGGCAGUGAAGACCACAAAAUUUACAUCUGGCACAAGCGCAGCGAGCUGCCCAUAGCUGAGCUGACGGGUCACACGCGCACGGUCAACUGCGUGAGCUGGAACCCCACGCUGCCGGGCCUCAUGGCCAGCGCCUCGGAUGACGGCACCGUGAGGGUCUGGGGUCCCGCACCCUUUCUGGACUCCCAGGAGACCGUGGGGCUCACCGAAUGCUAUAGCAUGGACAGUUGAUGUUGACUCUGGAGCAGAUGUCCACUUUGGAAAAUAUACAGUGAGACUCUUUGUGAAUGAAGAAUGAGAAAUGAAGUAAACGGCAGAUGGAUGUUUUUUCCUGGCGGUUUCACAUCCCCACCCGCAACGCUGGGGACACAUGAAGCCGGCGGCUGCCCUUCACCAUCUGACUUCACAUCCGUGUGGCGACAGCAAGCGCACACGCUACACGCCUCGCCGAGGACACGCCCCUCCUCGGCUCAAGCUCCUCCCCCUCCCCUACACUGCAUCCUGAGUGGACGACUGCCUCCUGAAGCCACACCCACCCCCACACACGGACAAACAUCACUCAGAUCAUUAUUUAUUACGACUUUAAUUUAUUAUUGUGAAUGAAUCAAGGCCUCCUCAGGCUUGCUUUGUGUUCUGUACAAUAUUCACUCAGCGAGGGGAUAAAAAAAAUGUGCAGACUCUCGCACGUGUCGGAGAGAGAACAAAUCAUAUCUUUAUUUUUCAGCAUGAACUUCUUUUAGCCACCUCGUAUGCUUGAAAGUAAGUGUCUUCACCAGCAGAGAUAUAAGAUAUUGUUUUCGUUUCCCUCACAGCUAUUUUAAAUGACUGAAUUUACAGGCAUUUUUUAACAGAUAGAUAUACGUUUCGAUUCAAAAAGUCCAAUCAUGACCCCA